AGUCCUCUGGGAAGAGUCACAGAGCGUUUUUUCCUCAGAGAGGGAGCAGAGCGCCGAGAGGAAGCAGCGCUGCUCCGGACACCACAGAGACCCAUCACGUCCCGGAGCACAAAGUUGAGGGAGGAAGAGAGAGAGCAAAGCGCGAAAAGAGGAAAAACGAAAAGUCAGAAAAUUAUGACAUCUGAUCCGGAUGCGAGUUGAUCUCUUUUUAUUCUGUUUGACAGUUUGAACUGUGGAUCUCUGCGGAGCGACUUUAAACACAUCUUUCUGGGUCUGUUGGCGUCCUGCAUUCUCCCUGAACGAUUCUAUCCGCCUUUAAAGAAUUUUGAACCUUGGAUUCUACUUUCCCGAUAUGAUCUCCUCUCAUUUUUAGGCACUUCCACUCCCCAGGACCAUAUUCAGAGGACUAAACAGAUACCUGCUUGGUUUCUUGUGACGCGCAUGCAGAGAGUGCAACCACGUUGCUUCUUUUAAAUCGGACCUAAGGAUCCAAAGGGGAGCAAGUGCACAUCCAGUCGGGAGAAGACCGAGAGUCUACGGAGGUUUGUUCAUGUUUGGGAUCCAGGAGAGCAUCCAGAGAAGCGGCAGCAGCCUGAAGGAGGAGCCGCUGGGAGGAAUGAACACUGUCCGGAGCUGGAUGCAGGGGGGCGGCGUGCUGGACGCCAACACAGCCGCCCAGAGUGGAGUGGGUCUGGCCCGGGCUCAUUUUGAGAAGCAGCCGCCCUCAAACCUCCGCAAGUCCAACUUCUUCCACUUCGUCCUGGCGCUGUACGACCGGCAGGGCCAGCCGGUGGAGAUCGAGAGGACCAACUUCGUGGACUUCAUCGAGAAAGAAAAAGAGUCGAGCGGAGAAAAGACCAAUAACGGGAUUCAUUACCGGCUGCAGCUUCUGUACAGUAACGGCAUCAGAACAGAACAGGACUUUUACGUUCGACUCAUAGACUCCAUGACUAAACAGCCCAUCAUUUAUGAAGGCCAAGACAAGAACCCUGAGAUGUGCAGAGUGCUACUCACACACGAGAUCAUGUGCAGUCGAUGCUGUGACAAGAAGAGCUGCGGAAACCGUAAUGAGACACCUUCAGACCCCGUUAUCAUCGACAGAUUCUUCCUCAAGUUUUUCCUCAAGUGCAACCAGAACUGCUUAAAAAAUGCAGGAAACCCCCGAGACAUGAGGAGAUUCCAGGUGGUGGUAUCGACUACGGUGAGCGUGGAGGGACAUGUCCUGUCAGUCUCGGACAACAUGUUCGUCCACAACAACUCUAAACAUGGCCGACGGGCCCGCAGACUCGACCCUGUGGAGGGAACGCAGUCUUACCUAGAACAUGGAUCGGCUCCCUGCAUUAAAGCCAUCAGUCCCAGCGAGGGCUGGACCACAGGUGGCGCAACAGUCAUCAUCAUAGGAGACAACUUCUUUGAUGGUCUCCAAGUGAUCUUUGGUACCAUGUUGGUGUGGAGUGAGCUGAUCACGCCGCAUGCCAUCCGGGUCCAGACGCCUCCUAGACACAUCCCCGGGGUCGUCGAGGUCACGCUGUCUUACAAGUCCAAACAGUUCUGCAAAGGCACACCAGGAAGGUUCAUAUACACAGCACUAAAUGAGCCAACCAUCGACUAUGGUUUCCAGAGGCUUCAAAAGGUCAUUCCUCGACACCCCGGGGACCCCGAGAGGCUGCCAAAGGAGGUUAUUUUGAAAAGAGCAGCUGAUCUGGUAGAAGCCCUCUACGGUUUGCCCCAUAAUAACCAAGAGAUCAUCCUAAAGCGUGCGGCGGACAUCGCAGAAGCUCUCUACAGCGUUCCACGUGGGCAUACCCAGCUCUCAGGCUCAACCCACGGUGGAAUGAUGGGAGUCAAUUCCUUUACCGGACAGCUGUCUGUCAAUGUCUCCGAACCCACACAGGCUAAUCAGGGUUUUGUGCGCAGCAGCAGUAGUGUGUCUCCUCACGGUUACGUGCCCAGCUCCACACCUCAACAGACCGGUUACACCUCAGUCACCAGCACCAUGAAUGGCUACGCCAACAACACCGGAAUGACCAACCUGGGAGGCUCGCCCACUUUCCUCAAUGGCUCUGCAGCCAACUCGCCUUAUGCCAUUGUCCCAUCCAGUCCCACAAUGGCCUCCUCCACCUCCCUCCCCUCCAACUGCUCCUCCUCCUCUGGAGUCUUCUCCUUCUCUCCGGCCAACAUGGUGUCAGCGGCCGUUAAGCAGAAAUCAGCCUUUGCUCCAGUGGUCAGGCCCUCCUCCUCCCCUCCACCCUCCUGUACCAGCGCCAACGGCAAUGGGCUCCAAGAUCAAACAUUUGUGGACUCUAGCAAGUACUCAACAGCCAGCUCUCUACAAGGCCUGGCCUUCACCUGAACCAUCCCCGGAAUGAUUGUCCCACCCAUGUAAAGGUGUGAGUGUGCGAGUGUGCGAGUGUAUGAGUGUGUGUGUGUGUGUGUGUGUGUGUGUGUGUGUGUGUGUGUGUGUGUGUGUGUGAGUGUGUUUGGUGGAGGAUUUUGGUGCGAGUCAGACUCCGGUCGGGGAUGGAAGAAGCUGUCCCGAUCUGAAGAAACAAACCCAACUCAGGCUCUUUCUAACACAAGAACAACUGCAAGAAAACUGACUUUUAAAACAAAGAAGAAAAAAAAAACAGACUAUUUGCAAAUAAAUAAGUUGUUUAGACUUUGUACACCUUGAUGCUUUUAUAGAAGAACUGCCACGCCUACAUUAUGACUCUCCUCAGACACAUGGAAGGUAUUUAUUUUGGAGAGACUCAGAUCAUCGGUGAUUGCUGAUAUGUUUUUCUUUUAUCUUUUAAAUGUA